UCCGAAUGGUGGUUACACACCUCGAAACUAGUCCGUCAUCCAUUCAUCGUGUCCGCGAAAUCAUCCGCGGAACGUUUUCCAUCGUGGUCCUUAAUAUUGAAGAAUCUAUUUUUAAACGUGACUAGAGACUGGAGCCACGAUUCCCCCAAAUGCGGUCAACAUGGAUUCCCACGUUGGUCUCGACUACAUCGUGGACAAUCCUGAUUACUGCGUCAAACUCGCCUCGGCCCUGGACACCGCCUGUCCCUCGGUGAAGAAACAAGUGGUGGAAUUGCUCUCGGCGCUUUGCGUGUACAGCCAAGAUGGCCGACAGAGGGCUAUCGAUACUCUGCACGCGUAUCAGGAACGGAAGGGCGAGCGAUACAGAUUACGGAUCGUGGUCGACGAGCUUAGGAACGCGACCGGCGAGGAUUAUCGAACCGCUUUGCUGGCUUUCAUAAAUUGUUUGGUCAUCUCGACGCCGGUGCUGAAGGAUCGCGUGCGAAUCCGCAACGAAUUCAUCGGUCUGAAGCUGCUGCCGGUCCUGAACGAGCUCCGGAACAGCCAUGCUCCGGAUCUAAGAGUGCAGCUCGACGUGUUCGACGAUCAACGCGAGACAGACGAGGAACUGUCGAAUCAAGGACCACCGGGGAUCGAUCUUUCCUCUCACGUGGACGUGUUUUACGCGAUUCUCGGACAAAUCGCAGAUACACCGCAAGAAAUACCGUUCUUGAGCGUGCUUCAACAUCUGUUACGGCUGGACCCGAAAGACCCAGCCAGCGACUUAGCAUGGGACACAGCGGAGACGUUGGUGCAUCGAGCGACGCUUUUAGAGAACCGCGAAGACGCCACGAAAUUGCUUCGAUCGCCUAGUCUCCAGACGAAUCUUUGCUGUCAUUGCAGAGGUAACGAUCAGACGUGCGGAACGUCUCGCAAAGCAUCGUUACCGGCGAACAGUUCGGCGACAGUUCCAGCAAUCUCCUCGCCCUCGCCGCCGCAACCACCGCCGCCUCCGCCUCUCGAUCUCGCCGCACCGAACUCGUCGAGCCAAGGCCGAGUUUUCCCGCCACCGCCGCCUCCGCCGUUUUUCACCGCCGACGCGACGCAACGGGCCGAUGCAUCGAUGGAACCGCCGCCGCCCAUUCCGCCGCCGUUGCACGUGUCCCCGGUCGCACGGGCGCCCACCCCCGAACCGCCGAGCAAUCACGCGAGAUUGCUGCCGCAACAGGAAAUACCCACCCCCAAGGCAAAAAUGAAAACGAUCAAUUGGAACAAGAUACCUAAUCAUAAAGUGGUUGGCAAACGAAACAUUUGGUCCCUGGUCGCCAACGACCAUCAGAAUUCUCCCAUGGCGGACAUAGAUUGGGCGGAGAUGGAAGGUCUGUUUUGCCAGCAAGUACCGCCAAUGCUACCAGCUACGUCCUUCUGUUCGUCCUCCUACGGAGCCAGUUCCGACGCCGAGAGACGACGACGAGAACCGACCGAGAUUGCCCUUCUGGACGGCAAACGGAGCUUGAACGUGAACAUAUUUUUGAAACAAUUUCGAAGCUCGAACGAGGAUAUAAUUCAGCUGAUCAAGGAGGGUGGUCACGAUGAUAUCGGAGCGGAAAAGUUGCGAGGUCUUCUCAAGAUUCUGCCGGAAGUGGACGAGCUGGAGAUGCUCAAGGGUUUCGACGGUGACAAGUCGAAGCUCGGAAACGCGGAGAAGUUUUUCUUGCAGCUCGUACAACUGCCAAAUUACAAGCUGCGCAUCGAGUGUAUGCUACUGAAGGAAGAAUUCGCCGCCAAUAUGGGCUAUUUAGAGCCGAGCAUCAGUUCAAUGAUCGUCGCCGGUGAGGACCUGAUGACGAACAAACCGCUUCAGGAGGUGCUGUACAUGGUUCUAGUCGCUGGAAAUUUUCUGAAUUCGGGUGGUUACGCUGGAAACGCAGCCGGUGUAAAGCUGUCGUCUUUGCAAAAGUUGACCGAGAUUCGAGCCAACAAGCCUGGAAUGAAUCUCAUACACUACGUGGCUUUGCAAGCCGAACGGAAACGAAAGGACCUGUUGGACUUCGCGAAGAGCAUGAACGCGCUCGAAGCUGCCACGAAGACCACCACGGAGCAGCUGAGCAACGAAUUUAACGCUCUCGAUACGAAAAUCAAAAAGAUCAAGACGCAGAUACAAUUGCCAUCCACGGAAGCCGAUAUACAGGAACAGAUGGCUCAGUUCUUGCAGAUGGCGGAGCAGGAGAUGAGCCAGCUGAAAGGGGACAUGGAGGAGCUUGAAACAUUGAGGCGAUCGCUCGCGGAAUUCUUCUGCGAGGACGCGAACGCCUUCAAGAUCGAGGAGUGUUUCAAAGUGUUCCAUCAGUUCUGCCAGAAGUUCAAUCAGGCCGUGGCGGAGAACGAAAGACGAAGAAUCCAAGAGGAGCAAGUGUUGGCCAGGCGCAAGCAACGAGAAGAGCAGUUGUUGGCCAAAAAACGUCUCCUCACGAAUCAAGCCGAGACGUUAGCCUCUGAGUCCGAAUCCAACCUACUCGAUUACGGUCUCUUCGAUCUCCAUACCGGUUUGCCUCAGAGAAAUUACAACCGUAACGAUGCCAAGAUGAAACGAUUGCAAAACGGGGGAGUCACGUCGGACGACGACGUCUCGAUCACCGGUUCGCCGAGUAUUCGACGACGUUUGGCUUCCUGUUCCGGUGGAACGAUCGACCAGCAGUCUACCAAAGAAGAAACCUAUUCCCCUGAUGUUACGCCGAACGGUACUCUCCGUCGUCGGAGAAGUAGAAUACCUUGCGAGGACGACGACGGUAAUUUGAUGGACUUUUUGAGGACCACGGGACAGGACAAUGCUCGGGAGAGGAAGUCUUGGGGUAGUUUAGAUCGAUCAUGGGCGCGUAGGGCACGAGGUCAAUCUCGCCGAAGCGAUCUGUUAAACGCCGAUUUCUCGACCGAUCGAGAGAGACCGAGUUCCCCGUCGCCUUUGGUGGAGAACAAACCCUUUCUACAGGAGGAAGAAACGAAACCUGCAGGAAAAGCAUGGCGGCAAAAGAUCGAGGCGUGGCUGUCGGAAAACGAGAAAGAGGAUCGCGCGGGCGAAGAACUUCAACGGAAGGCGCGACAGUUGCAUCAGGCAAAUCGACGGUCCUUCGAAGACUCGGAAAGCGAAGGCAAGACGAAUAUCUCGAACGAUGGAAAUUCUACACUCGAGCCAUACUCUCCCGUUUACGAUUGGCGUCCGUCGGUCGAAAAGACGGACGUGAUGCGCACCAUGGAGGCCAUAGAAGAAGCCGAAACGCAUCCAUCGCAAAAGGACAAAUCCCCCUGGAGGAAGUCCAGCUUGAACGUACCAAACAGCAUGGAAGAGACUGACCCCCGUUACUCCCGUAGAAUAAGGUCUAGACUCGGUACGGAGAAUGUUCUCAGCUCCGGUACCUUGCAGUCGAUCAAAGAGGAGGACAGGAAGAAAAAUAAAACGAGCGACUUGACGAGCUUGGACAACCAAGACGAAUUGACGAUCUACCUCCGUCAACCUUACAGCAAUCCCCAAGCCUCCGCGCCGCGUAGGUUCACGAAAUACAAGAGAGGUACGGAGGAGGACAGGAUCAGCGACAAAAUCGAGAUCGAUUCCGACAACAUCGAAACCCCGCCGGCCACGCGGAAACUGUUCAGUCCGCCGAAAGAAGUGAAGCCGGUCGAGAAGGAGCCGUGCAAACGGGAACGUUGCAACGGUUCGUUCCAAAGCCGGUGCAACGAGCUCAGGAGCCAAACCGCUAAAACUCCGAGCAACAGCGGAGAUUUCGGUACGGGUAACUUCGAUCGGUACUCGGCGACCAGAAGAACGCGCAGAUACAAAAAGGUUCAAGAUUCGCCAGAGAAAGAAUCGAAGCAAGACGCAGUGAUGAGUACCGAACCGUUCGAGGAGAAACCGGUUCAACGACCGCAUACUCUUGCCUUGUCGGACCAUCAAGUCCCCGAAGCAGCUCCUGAAGAUCUCUCCAACCAAGGCACCGACGAGGAUUCGAUGCUGCGUGUCUGGCAGGACAAGUUGAAGCGUCGCGAGGCGUCUUCGUUCGACAUCGACACGGCUUUAGCGGAUAUCGCUCGUUCUGGCGAGGAUCUGCAGCGAUUGUCCCGACCAAUCACGUUCGCGCAUAGAAGCUCGAGGCUGCCAGUCAGCCAACCACCGCCCGUUUUAGCAGUGACUAACACCGUCUUAAGCCCCGUGAUGCAAGAGUCCCGGCCGCGGGAGCCCUCGUUGGCGGUCCUCGCGGAGAGGGCGGUGACCAGUCGGGAACGUCAGAGAAGCAUGAUAGACCCUAGUCAGGUGAAGGAGGCGAUUCGAUUGACCAGCAAUCCUCCGAGUCAGGUGAAUCAGGUACCGAGUGGUAUCGCGCAGUCGUCGCGAGAUCGUAAUCUACUCUCCGACCCGAGGCGAUCCGCUUCCCCUGGAAUAGAAGAACGCAGUCAGGAUCUUGUCGACGCGAUAAACGACCAGACGCAUCGAGAAUCGAAUAAUCAAGUGUACGAGAACUUACAAGGAGAUCAGGAAGCGAUUCGAUCGCGGUCCACGAAUCGAAACGAGAUUGGAAUCGUGUCGGGACAAUCUGUAACGCCGGACGGAUCGGUGUUCCGGGGCAGGUAUAUCCCAGAGAUCAGCAUCACGAGCUCCUCAGGGAAAGGUCGGGACCAGGAGAUGAACGACGAGGGAUUCGAAGAGUCCCAGAGUCUGGUCUCGGAGACGUUGAGCCAGGAAACGUCCUCUGGUAAUUACGAAACUGACACCCACGAUUCGACUCGAUGCUCCCCGGCUGAGUUACGGUUCUCUGGAAACGGCCCGGAACACGAACGUGUCGCUCCGACUGUAAAGAAAGCUGAUGCCAAACAGCCGAUCGACCAAACGUUUGAGUCGUCGAUCAAAGGAUUCGAGAAACGAACUGGUUCGACCAGAAGCACGGGCGAAAGGUCCAGCUUUCUACCGAAACGGACCAAUAGCUUGAAAAGGGAUAGUUCGAACUCGAAACCGGGCUUUAUGACGUCGAACGGUCAGACGAGAUACGAGGUGGAACGAUCCGGGUCCAGAAGUAGUCUUCGUAGUUCGAGAAGCUCCCUGAACAGCGCCACCUCGGUGAACACUGUACGAAAUUUGGUACCUAAUCACACCCGUCUCCGAACCUACACGUCCGCGAUUCGUGCGUUGACGAACGAUCUUCGGAAAAGUCCCUCGAGCACACCGUUGCCCCCGAAAACUGUCGAAAAACGCCGAACGAAUCCACGCUCGACUAACACCAGGAUACCAGCCAGUAGAAGCAGUAGCAGCGGAAGUAGCGUCGGUCCUGCUGCUAUGUCAACGAGACCACUUCGAAAAUCUGUUGGGGCGUCCAGUGAUAUACCGAAGGGAAGCAAAGGACGGACAAUCGGUUCACCUGGCAACAAUAAUGCCAGCAAUGGCAGCGGUAGUAACGUUGGGCAACGAUCACUGCUUCCGUUGAAUCGAUCGAACGCCGACAAAAUGCCAACCACGAGAAGCAAAUUGAUUCACCCCCGAGCCAGCACGAAGAAUCACGGUUUCAUGAGACCGACAGCCGCGAGCGCGAAUAAGGGCUCUAUUUCGAAUCUGCCCAAAAGCAUCAAAGGUUUAGUCAAGUGAUGAGGCCUUUGCAAUCGGGACCAGUGGUUCGUCUUUGAGAUCUAUCUGUAAAAUCACUCGACACGCGUUUACCUAUCGAGAAAUACAUAUACGGUUGCUCGAUCCACCAACGAAUCGACUGACCCAACACACAUUUUACGCUUCCGUUUAUUCUAUAGGUUAUCUACGAUUUAGGGAAAUUUUCCACGUGUUCACGCAGACAAUUUAUACCUACGUUGCCAACGCGGGAUUACCACUCGGCUCAAUUAUCGUUUCAGUUACCCGAACGAAAAGUCAAGCGAAGUUUCUUUGUAAGACACGGUCGACGUUAGGCUUUCCAUGACGUUGCGCGAUUAUAUUACGUUUCAAUUGGAUUUAAUUGUGUUAACACCGACGAGGUAUAAGAAUAGACUUUUCAUCUUGUGGGAAUUGGCCCACCUAAACUUUAGUACCGACACCUUAAAAAGCUUAU